GCCCAAAAUCCCAACAAAUGAAGACAAAACGAGAAACACGUUUGGGAUAGUUUGAGAAACCGCGUCAAAGUCAUCGACGGGCAUCAUCAUAAUUCUCCCUCGUACAUACACAUCAAACAAUUGCCGUAUCUUUUCAUAAACCUCGUUGAUUGUUGUCUGAAUUCCUCUCAGAUUGGGCUUUUGAUUUCAGGAAGUGGGUUUUCAACUGAUACUACUGGUGCUUAAAUUGGAAGUUGAUUCGUUGUCCACUAAAAAUGGGGAUUACUGAUAUGGUACAUAGCCUUUUCUCUUGUUUCAAGACACGGUCCACAAACAAUGAUGAUGAUUCAUCCCAUAAUGUCGAGUUUGCUGGUGGAAAUGUGUGCCUUAUUACUACGAAAGAAAGUUGGGAUCAGAAGUUGGCAGAAGCAAAUAAAGAGGGCAAAAUUGUUAUUGCGAAUUUCAGUGCUUCAUGGUGUGGUCCAUGUAGAAUGAUUGCCCCAUUCUACUGUGAGCUGUCUGAGAAAUAUCUUUCUCUGAUGUUUCUAACAGUCGAUGUUGAUGAGCUUACAGAAUUUAGUUCAUCCUGGGAUAUCAAAGCAACUCCAACUUUCUUUUUCCUCAAGGACAGCCAGCAGAUUGACAAACUUGUAGGGGCCAAUAAACCAGAGCUGCAGAAGAAAAUAACCGCGAUUGCAGACACACAGGUAGUAUGUGAGACGCAACCGCAGUAAUGGCUCUCAGAGGUGGGAAUUUUGUUAAAAUCCCUGCUUUCCAAUUUUAUCAUGAUUUCAGGUCUCCGAUGGGACUCCUUCCUUACUUUGAGUUGCUGUCAUUAUGUUGUACAGUUGUACGUUGAGCCACUACUAAUUUCAAUCCAUAUUCAACCCCCCUCCUCUCUUUUUGGAACAAAAAAAUAAAUAAAAACAAAAGAAAAUGAUGUGGUCAGAAUAAAAGUAGGGUUGCUUGUUUUUGAUAUUCUGAUUGUGAGAGAAGGUUCAAUAUGCAAAAAGGUUGUAUCAUAAACGUGAUUGACUUGUGUAUAUUCUAUUCCUUGUCAUUUUCAUAUUGGAAUUUUUGAAUA